GGAAGGGGGCGGGGCCUGCGUGGCGCGCUCCGGCGGGCGGCGAUGCUGUUCUACUCCUUCUUCAAGUCCCUGGUGGGGAAGGACGUGGUCGUGGAGCUCAAGAACGACCUGAGCAUCUGCGGGACCCUGCACUCCGUCGAUCAGUACCUGAACAUCAAACUAACCGACAUCAGCGUCACCGACCCCGAGAAGUACCCCGCACAUGCUUUCGGUCAAGAACUGCUUCAUCCGCGGCUCCGUGGUUCGCUAUGUCCAGCUCCCGGCCGACGAGGUGGACACACAGCUGCUGCAGGACGCGGCGCGCAAGGAGGCGCUGCAGCAGAAGCAGUGACCCUCCCCCAAAUCCGGGGGGACCCCUCCCCAAAUCCGAGGGGACGCCCCAAAAUUCAAGGGAGUCCCACGGCCCAUUUCCACAACCCCAAUAAAUGCCCGCCCCCUGCCCUGUUCUCCAUGUGUGUGGCUCUCCCGGUCGGCUGGGGGUUGAUUUUUGGGUGCUUUUGAGGUGAUUUUGGGGUG